AUGGGGGUCACAAUGCCAAUCAUGUUCAGUUUUUAGUUGACUUCCACUACGAUGACAAGUUUCACUGCUGUCAUGAAGUUGUUUUUGGUUUUGAUUUCUUGUUUGACCAUUUCAUCAGCUAUAAGAGUGGAUACUGGUACAAAUAACUCAAGAAUAGUCAAGAAACAUGGAAAGAGAGGUGUGUUGAAUUUGGGCUAUGGAUUACCACAGCAAGAUCAAUAUCAGCAUCAUCCUUCUCACGUUUACGGACCACCGGAAGAGCCAGCACCUAUUUCUGAACAUCCCUUACAUGAUCAGCAUUUCCCAAUUCCUCAAGAACAACAUCAAAAUCAUGUAAUUUAUCAACCUCAGCCUCAGCCUAUUCACCAUCCACUUGUAGCAGCAGUUCCUCAACCAGUAGCAGUAGCACCCCCCGUGGCAGUUCCUCAUCCAGUUCCAGUACCUCAUCCGGUUGCAGUGCCUCAACCAGUCCCGGUAGCAGUUCCAGUUGUUCAAACAGUCACAAAACAUGUAGGUGUUCCUGUACCAGUUCACAUUGAUCGUCCAGUACCUGUUCCUGUCGCAGUUCCAGUGCCUAAACCAUAUCCAGUGCAUAUUGAAAAGAUUGUCCACGUAGAUCGACCAAUUCCUGUACCUGUAGAAAAACAUAUUCAUGUUCCAGUUCAUGUAGAUCGUCCAGUUGCAGUUCCUGUACCAAAACCAUAUCCUGUAACUGUUGAAAAGCUUGUACCUGUAAGUAAACCUUAUCCAGUUCAUGUUGCUGUACCUGUACAGAUUCCUAAGCCUUACCCUGUACCAGUUGCAAUUCAUUACAAACAUGGAUGGUAAAUUAAAAGUAUCUAU